AUGCGGCCCUUCAAGUGCUGCCACUGCGACUACACCGCCGCCAGGAAGGCCGAGAUGGCGCUGCACCUGCGCUCGCAUACGGCAUUGCUCAGUUUGCAAGCGCUGAAGCUGCAUAUGCGGCCCUUCAAGUGCUGCCACUGCGACUACACCGCCGCCAGGAAGGCCGAGAUGGCGCUGCACUUGCGCUCGCAUACCGGUGUGAAGCCCUACGCAUGUAAUCAUGGCGACUGCACCUACAGAUCCGCCGAUCACAACGCAAUGCGACGCCACAAGAAAACGCACUCCAAAGAGAGCGUCUACCAAUGCAAGUACUGCCCAUACACCGCCAUCCAAUCAACCGUGUUCGCGGCGCAUAUGCUCUCGAAACACCCCAACGUUAGCUCAAACCAACUCCACCAGUGCCCCUACUGCCCCUUCAAAACAGUCAACAAAGACAAAUUCCUCGUCCACCUCUCCACUCACUCGGACAAAAAGGAAAUCCAGCUCCUACUCGAAAUGAACGCCAAAUCCAAUAAACCGAGCUGGACCAUACCGAGCAAUGCGGAGCCAGAGAAAAACCCGACACAAGACUCCACUCCCAAUAAACAGAGUGACGAAACUAACGCCAUAGAAGUGUUCGAUUGCGACAGUAUCUCCGAGAGCUUGCCGCAAAACUACUCAAAAAGCUACUGUAACACAUCCAGCGGCGACGUCCCCCAACCCGACUAUAACUCACAAGUGAUCGUGACGGAUCUCAGCAAAGAUGACAACAAUUCAGACUGCUUAAUCUCCGAGAGCUCAAACGACACCAUGAUGGAAAGGCACCAGUAUCCCUCGCAACACACCUUGCAGUUGCCUUACGAUAACACGCAGUCGAAUCUCCACGGGUUUCUGAAUACGUCUGUAUCAAUGAAACCGACAUUCCUCCAAAAUAAUGACGUGAAUUCUCUCGCUGCCAGCCACACCUCGAUGGGGAAUAACUGCAAUAAAAUCAUGGGAAAUUUCCCCAUUAGGUUACCCCCAGUGCCGCAAAUAUCCGUUCGAAACAAUAUAAUGCUGAAGCCCGUAGAUAAGCUCUCUUUGCCUAUUACAAAAGUGACAGGCCCCAUAAUAACGCCAACCCAGAUAUUACCCGUUCCAUCUUCGAGUAACUCGCCAGUAAGCAUCCAACUAGAACCUGAUGGAAUGCCAAGAAAAAAGCCGAAAAUAUCCGUGAAAAGCAACUUGAUAUUGAAAGGUCCAGAUCAAGAAAAUAUGUUCCAUUCGCAGCAGAAGAUGGCGUUCAAAAGGCUGGAGGAUAACGAAAGGUUCGGGUUAGGAAGCCCCAUGACCUUCAACAAUCUCAUCACCACUCAUACCAUGAUGGCGUACUCGGAAGACAAUAUGCUAGGGGAUUCGGCGUCCACUCCCGUUGGCAAUGAAAUGAAUGACAACUCCCAAAUAUUUACAUUCAACCAGCAAAUGAAUGUGAAUUCCAUUACUAUGCUCCCUCCGCCGGAGAAAAUUCAAACAAACGAUCCCAGUUACAUUAAACUAGAGGCGACUAUAAAGCAGAACACCCAGUCGCCGAGUCUCGAGCGGAUGUGCAACGCGAACAUCCUCGGCAGCCAGGCCAUCAGCCACGAGUACAAAGCCUCCCCGCCCCUUGAAGACAUACACAAAAAUAUGAGCGAAAUAAAAAACGAGGUGAAAUCCGACGCUUUUUACAACCUACCGCUGAACAAUACCGCGACGAACCCGUCUAUAUUAGACCAGUAUUUGUUGGACAACAUCAUAGGUGGGCAUAUGGAUUUGUCCUCGGUGGUUCUUCCAGAAGUCUCUGAUGAACAGACUGACGUCAUCGAGAUCGACGACAAUUCGGACGACAACAAGUUGCUGCCGCGAUUCGACAUGAACUUCCCCCUAGAGUCUUUGUAUGUGAUGCACAAUGAUUUCCACUUCUUAGAAAAUGAUGUUCCCGCAAAUAACAUGCCUGAAGUUGCUGUGAGCGAAAUGAACAGAAUAGUAACGGAGAUGCCUAUUAUCAACCAAAAAGACAAUUUAGAUAUCGUUCCUCCCGAUAACUCGAAUAACGACUUCCAAAACUUCAUACAGGGCAAAAAGGAUCCUAUGAUGAAUACGUCAGUGAGACCGUCUACUAACAAAAUAAAUGUUAAAAAUAUUGAAUUAAUGAAAAAUUGAUUAUUGUAAGUUGUUUAAUGUAGAAAUAUGUAAAUAUUACAUAACUUUGUAUAUGUAUAUGCAUUUAAAAGACUGUUAUCUAUAAAUACAAUAUUGUGUUGAACAUUU